AACGCGUUUUCCGCAGAUCUGGCAACCUCCGCACCGGUUCGUUAAUGACGCAGACUCAAACAUCAUGGCGGACGAAGUUGAGCAGCAACCACCUACAAACACAGUUGAGGAGCCGCUCGAUCUGAUCAGGCUCAGUCUGGACGAGCGAAUCUACGUCAAGAUGAGGAACGACCGGGAGCUCCGAGGCCGACUUCAUGCCUACGAUCAGCACCUGAACAUGAUCCUCGGUGAUGUGGAGGAGACGGUGACGACGGUGGAGAUCGAUGAAGAGACUUAUGAAGAACUCUACAAGUCUACCAAGCGAAACAUCCCCAUGCUGUUCGUCAGAGGUGACGGCGUUGUCCUCGUAGCUCCGCCUCUCAGGGUGGGCUAACCCCGAUUACAUCCUGGUGUGAAGCAGGGCUCGCUCCGGGACAGUUUCACAUCCACGUAAGAGACGGCAGUGCUGCCACAGCAGUCUGAAACCAGGGUUAGGUUCAGACCUGUUCAUCCUGCAGAAUCACUCUUUUUGAGACUCAACAAAUGAGUCACUUUUUGUUGUUGUCAGAUACAAAACAUGUUGACGGAAAAAGAUAGAGGGCUUUUUGUAAUAAGCGGGCCGAUGUUUGAUGUUUUUCAGGCCAAAAUUUGAGUUUCAUUGAACAGAAUAUUUUGGCUAUUUCAGGACAUAAAUCAGGUAAUAAAUCUGUUUAAUCCCCAUCAUAUCAUUUAGUUACCUCGACACUCUGUGACUUUUUGUACUCUUUGUUUGAAGGUAUCUCCAAACACAACACUGAGCAAAAACAAUUUGUAUGAUUCUUAAUUUUGAAAUUCUGUAACUGUUAUGUUGGAUCCAAGGAAAAGUCUUGUGGUUUUCUCCAAACAGACCAUCGGUGAAUAUUUAGAGUUUCUGUCAUAAAGUUUUAGUUGGAUCUUUUUAUGCAUAUUUUUGUAGUACUGUGGAGGAUGUGGGAGUAAAAUCACACGCAGAUGUGUGUGUGUGUACACACAUUUGUUUUCAGUUCGGUCUUGUAAAGUUAAAUAAAAAAGG